UGUGUCAAAAACAUGUGUGUUGUUUUCUGAAUAAGUGCAAUAUUUUAUGCUUUGAUUAGAAUAAGUUUUAUCAAAUAAAACAGUUAUAAAUUAAGCAAAUAAUGACCACAAAGUCCGUGUCCCGGCUUCUGCUACUGUCGUCCGUUGGCAUCGGGAGCUACCUGGCCGGUUCGUACGUGGAACGCCGUAAAACAGCUGACACGGUUUGCCUUCGCCGGGAUGAUUAUGUAAACGAACGGUCCGGCAAUCUGCUGCGGACACUCCAAUCGAAGCCGGGACUGCCAAUCUUCGGCACCGUGUCCGCGGCAAGUCCCAUCCCGGCGGAACAGAAAUCCCUCGUCGUCAGUAAUGUAAGUCGAAUUGGGCAGAUUAUGAAGUACGGAUUUCCCGGGCUGGACAACGUGCGGUCCUACGACGAUUACGUGCUUUCGUAUGACCGUCGCACCAGGGUGGCCCACUGGGUGUUUGAGCAUUUAACGGCCGAUGGCGUUAAGGCUAGCCAGGGUGUAGAUCGCGCCAAAAGCGAUUUCAAACCGGACGAAAGUGUUCAUCCGUUCUUCCGGUCGCUAAACACGGAUUACAAAGGGUCGGGCUUCGACCGGGGACAUCUGGCCGCGGCAGGGAAUCAUCGAUCGGAACAGAAGCACUGCGAUCAAACGUUCUUCCUGACGAAUAUGGCUCCGCAGGUCGGAGUCGGAUUCAACCGCGACAAGUGGAACCACCUGGAGCGAUACGUGCGCAAGCUGACCAAAGAUUACCCCAACGUGUACUGCUGCACCGGUCCUCUGUACCUCCCGCGGAAGGAGGCGGACGGAAAGUUGUACGUUCGAUACCAGGUUAUCGGCGCCAACAACGUGGCCGUUCCGACGCACUUUUACAAGGUGGUGGUGAUGGAAACCCGUGACAAUCGGCUGGAGAUGGAGGCGUACGUGCUGCCGAACCAGAAGAUUGACGACGAAACGCCGCUGACGAUGUUCCAGGUGCCGCCGGAAACGAUCGAGCGGGCGGCCGGGUUGCUGUUCUUCGAUAAGAUUGCCCGAAGUCAGCUUAGUAAAAUUAACGGGAAGAAGGUGUGAGCGGGGAAAGAGAUUAUUAUUGCG